UACGGUUUCCUCUGUGGAUGUAAAGGUCGAAGUGGAGGAGGCGAGGAUCUCUGAGCAGAGACCCUCCUCAUCGGGUAACGUUCAUGUGGUUGUCAUGAGCUCCUCCACCAGGCCACUGUGCAGCCAAAAAUAGAGACAGAGGUGUUGCCGCUGCCUUCGCACGGCCGUAGGAGGAGACAGCUAAAGGUGGAAUAUGACCAGGACCAAGGUGUUUCGCUGAUGAAGACAGAGCACUGGGAACCUCCAGACUGGAAGAAACAAUUCGGAUUUAUUCGUGAGAUGAGAAGCAGUCGGGAUGCACCUGUAGAUAGCAUGGGAGCAGAGAAAUGUUAUGACCCAGAGGCCCCUGCACAUGUUAGACGUUUCCAGGUGUUGGUGUCACUCAUGCUAUCCAGUCAAACCAAGGACCAGGUGACAGCCGCAGCUAUGCAGAAUCUCCGAGCGCACGGCUGCACUGUGGAAAAUAUACUCGCUACUGAUGAAAAAACACUGGGAAAACUUAUCUACCCUGUUGGCUUCUGGAGGAAUAAGGUGAAUUACCUGAAGCUGACUUCAGCCAUGCUGCAGAAAGAGUUUGGAGGGGACAUCCCAAACUGUGUCGAGGAGCUGGUCCGCCUGCCGGGGGUUGGACCCAAAAUGGCUCACCUGGCUAUGAACAUCGCCUGGGACCAGGUGUCAGGCAUUGGUGUGGACACACAUGUGCAUCGUAUCGCUAAUAGGCUGGGCUGGCUCAGAAAGCCAGCCAAGAACCCAGAGGAAACACGCAAGGCCCUGGAGGAGUGGUUACCCAGGGAGCUGUGGAGGGAGAUUAACUGGCUGCUGGUGGGCUUUGGACAGCAGGUUUGUCUACCCAUCAACCCUCUGUGCUCUGUGUGUCUGAACCAGCACAGCUGUCCAUCUGCUCACAAGAGCUCACCUCCAAAGAAGCCUACAGUUGGUUCCCCGCACUCUCCGAGCCCAAGCCCUUCUUUUAAAGUUAAAACCGAACCUGGACAGGAAACUGUUGAUAGAGAUGAACGGACAAAGAUGGAGUCACUGCCCACAACUGUUUUCCCCACCACACAGAGGAGGAGGCAAAAAAACAAGGUUAACCACUGAUUUAGUCAUCAAACGUUUUUGUUGUGAGCUGUGACCAGAAUCACAAAUACACUGAACAGAUAAGCUAAAUAUUGUGAAUAUGGUUCAUUUACUUUUCAUAUGAGAUUAAAUAUUUUUGUACUGUUACUACUUAUGUUUUUUUGUUUUCAAAUAAAAAAUGUAUGACACUGAUUUAAAGAUCAUGUUUCAACACUGGCUUUGAAUGUAGAAGAGGGAGCUUGCCCGUUGGAUACUAAGGAAGAAUAACAAACUAAAAGAAAACAAUAUUCCAGUGCAUCAACAAUAAAGUCAUUUCUGGAAUUACAAUGGAUGAAGCAGCAUGAAUGAAAUGCACAACUUACAAAUAUACCAAAAGGCAUUAAGA